GAUGGACCCUAAAAAUAUCCAAUUUGCAAUAAUCGGAUAAUCCCAAGCACGACGCCGUGAAUUAAUUGUUGGCUUUAUUUAAGACUCCCGACUGCCUCGUGACUGCGCUCCAUGUGAUCUGCCCUCCUUUUGUCUUCUUGUCUUUCGCUCUUCCGCUUCCUUCUCUGCUUCCCCCACCACCACUUCCUUCAUCGAAUUAUCGCCUCUCGCCUCCGUUGACCUAUCGCUUGCUUUUCUUUUUCCCAUCGUUCCUGUCUCCUAGAUUUCCAUUCCCACCCUCAGUCAUGUCCGAGCAACAAGACAAAACUGCGCCUCCCGCCCCGGAAGUCGUUGAGAACAAGCCCGUUGAACCGGCCUCCGAGACCACGGCUGCUCCCGCCCCCGUUCCAGAGGCUCAGCCCGAGCAGACACCAGCCGAACCGGCUCAGAAAGAGACCGUUCCCGCGGAACAGCCCUCGGAGACUGCUCCUGCCAGCGAGGCUGCGCCCGAAGCUGUCCCCGAAGCUGCCCCCAAAGCUGCCCCCAAAGCUGCCCCCGAAGCUGCCCCCGAGACGACGGAACCCGCUGCGCCAGCCGCGCAGGAGGUGAAGGACGGGCAGCAGGAAACGCCCGCCGCUGAUGCGAAGCCCGACUACCUCACCAAGAACCCCUCCUUGGGCCAGCUCUUGGAACGACUGCCUUCCAUCCUGUCUAGCUCCGGUCAUGACGAAAUGUGGGGGGUCCCGCUCAAGGACUCUGCUGACGCCCCGACGGUGAACGUGCUGAUCAAGUUCCUGCGGGCCAACGAGGGCAAUGCGAAGCUGGCGGAGGAGCAGCUGACCAAGGCGCUGCAGUGGCGCAAGCAGAUGAAUCCCGCCGCGCUGGUGGAAUCGGGGCGUUUCAAUGCCAGCAAGUUCGGUGGCCUGGGAUAUCUGACGACAUAUCAGGAGGCGGAUAACAAGGAGCUGGUUGUUACCUGGAACAUCUACGGUGCUGUCAAGAACAUCGAUGAUACCUUCGGGGAUAUGGAUGAGUUCGUCAAGUGGCGUGUUGCGUUGAUGGAGCUGGCUGUCCAGGAGCUCAAGCUGGCCCAGGCAACUUCGGUGAUCGAGUACGAUGGUGAGGACCCAUACCAGAUGGUCCAGGUUCACGACUACUUGAACCUCAGUUUCUUGCGACUGAACCCCAACCUCCGAGCCGCCACCAAGAAGACCAUUGAUGUUUUCACCACGGCGUACCCCGAACUGCUGCGGGAGAAGUUCUUCGUCAACGUGCCGUCCCUCAUGGGUUGGAUGUUCGCCGCCAUGAAGGUUUUCUUGAGCAAGAACACCACCCGCAAGUUCCACCCCAUCUCCAAUGGCGCCAACCUGGGCCGGGAGUUCAAUGUUGCCGUGAAGGAGAAGCUUCCCAAGGCCUACGGUGGAAACGGCCCUGCCCUGCAGGAAUCCGCGAAAACCGUGAAGCUGGAGGAGGAACCCGUCCCCGCCCCUGCGGCGGCCCCGGCUCCUGAGCCGGAGAAGGAGGCCACUAAGGUUGCUCCUCAGGAGGCGCCGACUCAGGAUACCGAGGUCCCUAAGGAAGAGCCCAAGAGGGAAGAACCGCCCAAGGCCGACGCAGCCGUCACGGCCCAGGAAGCCCCCGUUGCCGGCGAGGCCAAAUAGAUGAGAUUGAUCAUGGUCUCCCGGUACGCUGGCAGCAGGAAGAAAUAAAGAAAGAGAGAAAGAAAGAAAGAAAGAAAAAGAAGAAAACAAAAGUUAAUGGUAAUGGUAUGGAUCGCUGGCUUGAUACCCGGAGGACUCUAGAUUUGCGAUUGUUUUGUGAUUGUUUGAAGCCUUGAUACCUCGAAACGCCGUGUUUCCGCGCCUCGGAUUUAUAGAUCCGGUGGCUUAAGAUAGUAAUUUUUAAUUAGUAGAGCAGAAAAAAUCAUCCACUCCUCUUCUGCGCAGAGCCAGUCUUGAGUUUGUUCG